GAAUGUUCGUGUAGAAAAUUCAAAUUUUAGUUAAGUUCAUGUAGUUUUAAGCACACUUCAAAGUUCCGUGUAUAAAUACGAUAAAGCAACUAAGUUUAGAGGAGAAAUGACCGUUUUCCCUUAAUAUUUAUGUGAGAAAGGUUGUAGUGAUUCUUGUAGUAAUUGUUGAAGAUUCUUGGUAAAAUUUUCAAUUGUUUGUGAUUUUUUUUCUCUAAUUAGGGAGAUAUAUUAGUAUAUAUAGAUAGAUUUAUUUCCCUAAAAUCUUAAGAUAUCCCUAAUUAGUUCAAAGGAAGUAAAUAAAAAAUCAAUUAUAUUCAAAUAGUAAAUAAUCUAGUUUUACUAAGAAAUUUUCAUAUAUAGAAAUAAGCCAUUAAGCUUUGUUAUCUCAUUGUUUUCCAUUUGCCCCAACACAUAUUCCGUUUUCCCUUUUUUGUCUGAUUUAAUAUAAAUCCCUAUUGUUUGUUUGUGUUGAUAUAAAAACUACAUUCAUUACGAGACUAAAGAAAACUGCAAACUUUAACUAACAAUUUGUUGAAUCAUGAGAAUGAGAUUUGCUAGUUUGUUUGUGUUUUCUUGUAUUUUCAUGUUCCUCAUUAUAAGCCAUGUCAAAGAGGUGGAACCGGUGCCAUAUUGUAAAGUUAUCCAAUGGUACGAUGUUAAAUGUGGUUCUGAUGGAAACAAGACGUGCGUAGACCACCUUAUCAAAGGGCAUAUAUAUGACGUUCCUAUUUGUGAUUGUAGUGACUUGAAGACAACACCGUUUGGAAUUCUCUGCACAUGUCAACACCGUUUUCCUUGUAAAGAGCCACCACCGUUACACCGUAUUUCCAUAAGAAAACAAAUACGGGGAUAAACUAGAAGAUUAUAAAACCUUAUAAAAUAAAAAACAUUUUGAAUACUUCAUAUGACUACAAAAUGUAGUAGUGGUAAAAUAAUCGGAUGAUCUUAAAAGCAAAUUUAUAUAUUCUCCUUCAAACUUCUUAAGCAUGACACUCAUGGCUUUUUCCAACUCGUGUUUUUUUGUCUAUGUUGUUCACAUGAUCUACCCUUUAAAAUAAUAUCUUGUGAUGCCUAGUUAGGUUGAUAGACCAGUUGUAAAU